AUGCGGCUGCUCCUGCUCUUGCUCCUGCUGCUAGGGUCCUCGGCCCCAAAGGUGCACCGGCAGAGGCGGCAGAGAGACGUCUGGGGCCCCUGGGGUGAGUGGAGCCCCUGCAGCCGGACCUGUGGAGGGGGCAUCAGCUUCCGGGAGCGCCCCUGCUACUCCCAGAGGACAGACGGAGGCUCCAGCUGUGUGGGUCCCACCCGGGGCCACCGCUCCUGCCGCACCGAGAGCUGCCCCGCGGGUGCCCGGGACUUCCGGGCGGAGCAGUGCUCCGAGUUUGAUGGCAUCGAGUUCCAGGGACGGCGCUACAAGUGGCUGCCUUACUACGGCGCCCCAAACAAGUGUGAACUGAACUGCAUUCCCAAGGGGGAGAACUUCUACUAUAAACACAAGGAGGCUGUGGUGGACGGGACCGCCUGUGAGCCUGGCAAACCGGAGGUCUGUGUGGAUGGCAGCUGCCGGGUGGUUGGCUGUGACCACAAAUUAGACUCCUCAAAGCAGGAGGACAAAUGUCUUCAGUGUGGAGGUGACGGCACGACCUGCUACCCUGUGACAGGCACCUUCGAUGCCAAUGACCUCAGCAGAGGCUACAAUCAGAUCCUCAUCGUGCCCCUGGGGGCUACCAGCAUCCACAUUGAGGAGGCUGCUGCUAGCAGGAACUUCCUGGCGGUGAAGAGCAUUCGUGGUGAAUACUACCUUAAUGGGCACUGGACCAUCGAGACAGCCAGGGCGCUGCCUGUGGCCAGCACCAUCCUGGUGUAUGAGCGGGGCAGCGAGGGGGACCUGGCCCCUGAGCGACUCCACGCCCGGGGCCCCAUCUCGGAACCCCUGAUCAUUGAGCUCAUCAGUCAGGAGGUUAAUCCCGGCGUGCGGUACGAAUACCACCUGCCCCUGAGUGACCCAGACCGCAGCUUCCGCUGGAGCCAUGGCUCUUGGGGCGACUGCAGUGCCGAGUGUGGAGGAGGUCACCAGGUUCGCCUGGUGUUCUGCACCAUCGACAACGAGGCCUACCCUGACCACCUGUGCCAACGCCAGCCACGGCCAGCUGACCGCCAACCCUGCAACCUCCACCCCUGCCCACAGACCAAGCGUUGGAAGACAGGGCCCUGGGCACCCUGCUCAGCCUCCUGCGGAGGUGGCUCCCAGUCCCGCUCCGUCUACUGUGUCUCAGUCAGUGGCAGUGGCGACCAGGAGGCUGUUGAAGAGGCCGAGUGUGUGGGCCUGCCUGGGAAGCCCCCUGCCACACAAGCUUGCAACCUGCAGCGAUGCGCAGCCUGGAGUUUAGGGCCCUGGGGAGAGUGUUCUGUCAGCUGUGGCUCUGGGGUCCGGAGGCGGACUGUCACUUGCCAGGAUGGAGAGGGGUCUGUACUCCAAGCCACAGCAUGCUCCUCGAGGGACCGGCCACCCCUCACUGAGCCCUGUAUGCGAGAUGACUGCUCCGUCCUCAAUGAGCAGGCCUGGCAUGUUGGCACCUGGGGUCUGUGCUCCAGGAGCUGUAGUUCAGGCCUUCGGAAGCGGCUGGUCGUCUGUGCCAUUGGGCUGCCCAGCCACUGUGAGAAUCUGCAGCUGGCAAAGCCUGCAGACGUGGAGCCCUGUAACACACAGCCCUGCCAUCUUCCUCAAGAAGUUCCCAGCCUGCAAGACAUGAGCACUAAUCCCAGGGACCCCAGGACGUCUCUGGGUGUUCGAGAGUCCUCUGCUUCAGAUUCCAGAGGCCACUGGAGGGCACCCCAGGGAAGACCCUCAGCCUGGAGUAAUCCCAGAGGAGAUCAGGGUUCCCACUUGUCAGCCCUGGUCCCAGAACCCUCUCAGCAGCAGUCCCCACACCGGCAGUCCCCUCAGUUGGGCUUGGGGUCCCGGGACUGCAGGCACAGCUCCCAUGGGUGCUGCCCCGAUGGCCACUCAGCAUCUCUGGGGCCUCAGUGGCAAGGCUGCCCUGGGGUGGUCUCCUGUCAGCAGAGCAGGUACGGGUGCUGCCCUGAUGGGGUAUCAGUGGCCCAGGGGCCCCAUCAGGCUGGCUGUGCAAGGUCGCAUAGCAGUGGCAAUACCGGCAACAGGCCAGGGUUGAGAGCUGCGCCUUCCACAGUAAGUGUCUGGUUCGUCCCCCAGGCCCAGCAGAACCAGCCCAGCGAGUGUCGGGGCUCCCAGUUCGGCUGUUGCUAUGACCAUGUGGCCUCUGCAGCUGGUCCUCUAGGGGAGGGCUGCGUAGGUCAGCCCAGCUACGCCUAUCCGGUGCGGUGCCUACUACCCAGUGCCCACGGCUCCUGUGCAGACUGGGUUGCCCACUGGUACUUCAUCCCCUCUGUGGGCCAAUGCAACCGCUUCUGGUAUGGCGGCUGCCACGGCAACGCCAAUAACUUUGCCUCUGAGGAAGAGUGCCUGAGCAGCUGCCGGGGCCCCCAGCCUGGAGCCUCCAUCCACAGCACCCACAGGGAGGGAGGGCCUGGAGGCCAGCAGGAGGCCAGCAGCCAUGGGGUGGAAGCCACAGUCCAGAAGAAGCCCUUGCCUUCUGGGAGCAUUGGGCUUGGGGAGACUCCCGGUACCCAGACCUUUGGAGAAAGGUCCUGGGACAAAGAGCGAGGGUCCAGUGUCCCAGGACUAGGAGGAUAUGCCGGGCGACCAGCAUCACCCUCCCGCAGCUCCUCAUACAGGAUCAGCUUGGCUGGCCCUGAGCCUGCCCAGGUACAGGUGGCUCUGGGUCACAUGGUGCGGCUCUCCUGCCCAGAGGGUGCCUCCUUGGAAUCCCAUGCUGGGUGGCAGAAAGAUGGCCAGCCCGUCUCCUCUGACAGGCACAAGCUGCAGGCCGAUGGCUCCCUGGUCAUCAGUCGCCUGCGGGCAGAGGAUGCUGGUACCUACAGCUGUGGCUCCACCAGGCCCGGCCAUGUCCCCCAGCUGAUCCAGCUCCGCAUCACGGGGGGUGAUGUGGCUGUGCUGUCUGAGGCGGAGCCAAGACAUGUCCCUGAGCCCAAGGACCCUGCCCAGGGCCACAGGGCAGUUGGUGGAGGUCUGGGGAACAUCUCUUCCUUGCUCCCACGGCCCAGGUCCAGGCUGCGUCUGGACCGGAACCAGCCUGGGGUGGUGGAUGCCAGUCCAGGGCAGCAGGUCCAGUUGGCCUGUCAUGCGGAAGGCCUCCCACGCCCAGCUAUCCAGUGGCAGAAAGAUGGGCAGCGCCUCUCUUCUCCCAGACACCAGCAGCAACCUGACGGCUCCCUGGUCAUCAGCCACGUGACUGUGGAAGAUGAUGGCUUCUACGCUUGUGUUGCUUUCAACGGGAAGGACCGAGACCAGCGGUGGGUCCAGCUCAGAGUCCUGGGGGAGCUGACAAUCACGGGCUUGCCGGAUACUGUAACGGUGCCGGAAGGGGACACUGCCAGGCUGUCAUGUGUGGUGGCAGGAGAAAGUGUGAACAUCAGAUGGUCCAGAAAUGGGCUGCCUGUGUGGGCUGACGGCCACCGUGUCCACCAGUCCCCGGACGGCACGCUAGUAAUCUACAACACGGGAGCCAGCGACGAGGGUUCCUACACGUGCAGCGCCUACCGCGGGACCCAGGCAGUGAGCCGCAGCACUGAGAUGAAGGUGCUGCCGCCAGCACUGGAUGCCCAGCUGAGAGACCCUGGAAGGGAGUGCAUUGACCAGCCUGAGUUGGCCAACUGUGACUUGAUUCUUCUGGCCCAACUCUGUGGCAAUGAAUAUUACUCGAGUUUCUGCUGCGCCAGCUGUUCCCGCUUCCAGCCGCAUGCUCAGCCAAUCUGGCAAUAG